CAGUCGAUUAGUCGACGGGUUCGCGGCAGGUAUCGCACCCCGUCCUACCGGUUCAACGAUAAAACGAUCGAACGAACGCCACCGUCAAACGAACUAUAUUGUAUUCUAAGCACAACGAACAACAAGACGGUUUUUAAACAUUAACAGUGCGGUACAGUGUGCGCAGUUUUGAAACAGGCGAAGUAUGCGUUCGUAAACUUCUCCUUAAGUGCAUAGCGGUAUCGCGGAACCAGAUUUUAAGUCCUCGGUGUAUUGAAAGUAGCUUUUCUGUUGUUUGUUUAGUCGACCUAUUCCUGUAUCUGGUUAAAUGUCAGGACUACGGCGGCACCAAUUUGAAAAUUAAGCAAUCAUAAAUGUAACCACGAUGCAGACAACAAGAGAAUCAAGCAGACAAAAAAGAUGUAACAAACGGCGAAACUCUAGAAAGAAAUCCCUGUCGCCAUCUGACUUGAAAUGCACCAGGGGAGAAACAAAAACAGAUAGCAAGCUGAACGGAAAGCGCUCGCUCUCCGAGGGAUCAGUGAAAGUGAAACAUAGGAAAAGCAACAUACGACGAACUUUGACUCACCCGUUUACGUGUUCCGACGAUAUUCGUGAUGUUAGUAUGAUCGGUGUGUUCAACAAAAGUGUUAAAGUGGACCCUCCUCCGGAAAGUGACGAGUCUAAUCUGCCGCCUACCAGUAGUGAUAGGGAUACGGAGGAUGAUGGACGUCUGUCACGGCCAGCACCGCAGAGGUCGCGGUGGGAUUCCGGGAGUGAGAUGGACUCGCUCAUGUCGACGGUCGUCAAGAGAGCGUCCGCGAGGCGACGCAGGACGCCAGCAAACCCAGAGUGGGGCGUCAGCAGUGAACCGGGCGAGGCAAGCGAACCCGAGGCCGGUCGCAUGCGUCCCGAGGACUACCGCCUCGUGUUCUUGAGCUCAGACUCGUCGUGUCGCGAAGACACGGAAGACUCGUCGUCCACGGCCUCCUCAGCCGCGCCGCCCGCGCCCGACGAUUGUGACUGGGACUACUUCGAGCCGGGCGCGUCGGCGGCGCACCCCAUCCCACCGCCUACCAAGCACGCGCCACAGGCUUGUCCGCGACCUUGCUCCUGCGGCGCUGAGCCACGAAUAGUCGCGGUUCCAGUGCCAGUCCCUGUACCGGUACCCGCAGCCCUCUGGCCUGCAUUACUCGCUUUCCCCACGCAGACUCCACCCACGCCACACUGGAACACAUACCCGGGCCUAGCGCCUCUAGAUGCCGCAACCCUUGCACGGCUCACUACGGCCGCAGCCGUCGCCGUCACCGCCGCCGCCACUGCCACCGCCUCCGCUGCUGCACCUCAACAAGUUAAAGUCGAGAUGACCACCGUUGAAAGGACUGAUAAAGCAAUACAAUCCGAAGCGUCACAAGCGCCUGAGCCCCGUGAUAACGAUAACGAAGAUAAGGGUAUUGAACGGCCAGUUGAAAAUGAUCCGUCAGUCGGAAUCAAGGUGAUCGCCGAGGAGGACUCCUUAUCGUUGUUAUCGGAUCCAGCAAGUGCAAUGCCGGAUCAUUUAGAAGCGGAGAAAGCUUUCCCCUCUUCAAAUGAGUCUGCUGAUUCAAGCGACUCUGAGCAGGGAGUGGCACGAAGGAGUUACGACCUAACCAGCGGUGCGCCUGAGGAACCCGCGACAUCAGAUGAAGAUUCUGAUGACUCAGGAGGUGGUGGCGGACGAUUUUCACGUGUGUUUGUUGUUAACCCAGCUGACUCAUCUUCAGAUCUAGAAGACAACGCUGACAGCAGCGGCAUAGAUUGUGAUGACUCUUAUGACAAGAAAUCUGAUAGUUUAGAAAUAAUCGCAGUUGAAAUAGCUGAACAAAAUGAAGUGAAUGUGAGUGCCAACAACUCAAAUGAAAGUUUUUCACCGACGUCUGAAAAUUCAAAUAUUGUGCUAUUGGAUUCAGUUAAUUUUACAGAAGAGUAUUCGGUUAUACCAUAUGAAAACAACAGUGAUGACGACAGCAACAAUGAAGGCAUUAGGAGAUCGAAUUUCUUCAAAUUUUGUGACGAAAAUAUGUUACAAAGUGAAACAUGCGAAAGAUUUAACAGUUUUAAUGCAAGUUGUAGCUCGAGCAGUAAUGAUCUAGAUAAGAAAAAUAACACAGAUAGUGACGCUAAUCGAUAUCACAGUAUAUCAUCUGAAAACACCGACUACGAUUCAUUGGCGGACGUGAAAGUUAAGUUCUCGGUUGAAUUAACUAACGACAGACAUAAUAAUAAUGAAUUAAUUUCUGCAGAAAUUCAACCCGACUCAUUAACUAAAUUAGCGCCUUCACCCGAGCCCAGCAACGAUAACGUAAGUUCAUCGUCCGCAGAAAAAAUAGACCUGUUUAAAGGUAUUGAACGCACUCUCAGUGAACUAUUGAAGAAAGAAUUAAUGGAGGACCAAGAGGAGGAGAAAAUGCAUGGCGUCAGGCCGGUUUGCUCUGAGACGGAGGGGAGCGCGUGCGCACCUGCCGCGACAACAGUUUGCCGCUCGCGUACGGCCAGUGCGGACGGUUCCGCGCGCUUCACUAGCCGCGUUAUGAUAACGCACGACCGCGUCUCCGUUGUCACGUCAGACACGACGCGGCUCAUGCGGGAAGUAAUAGUGCACCAUACCAAUUCACAAAGUGAAUCGGAACCAAGCCCGGACGUGCAACAACAAGACGAAACUGACGAACGAAUAUCCGACGACGAAACACCACAGCCUUCGGGCGGAGUGACUGUUGUUAGCAAUGCCGACACUCUCUCAGCGGUCGUGUGCCUCGAGGAGGGGCUCGCUGACGAUGAUUCGUGGGUCGAGGACGUCAGCCACAAUGAGGACGAGGCCACUUCACCCUCCGACUCUGAUUCCGGGGAUGAAACCUCCCUCCCUAUGCGGGGGGAGGAUUUCGCAUACUGUAGACGUUCCAUAGACUUCACUUUACACACCAUCGUAGAAGAAAGUUGCGAAGAAAGCGAAACGGAACAUACAACAAAAAAACCACGACCUAUAUCGGCAACGGAGUUAGAAAAGUACUUUUUCUUCGGUUUGGGCGACGGCAGAAAUAUUCGUGAUGAUGAGGAAGCAGUGUCAGAAACGUCAAGUGUGUGUAGUGAAGGUGGUGAAUCUAUUGUUGAUACCGAGCAACCGAAACGAAGUGGUGAUAGUGAUGAUUUAGUGUCGUCACGGUUGGAAAAAUAUUUUCUCUCUGGUUUUAUGGGAUUCAACCAAGAAAGGCGUGAUUCAGAUGGUUCCGGAAGUGUGGGAAGUGAUAGUGAGGGCAGACAAAGUCCUGAACAACGUAGAAAGCGGCUGGUUCGUGCCCGUGGGACCCCACGAUCACAUUCUAAUUCACUAGACAACUUAUUAACGGGUGACGAACCUUCUCAAGAUAAUCAAGAAGUCUCUGAUGCUUCUAGUACAGAAACUGAGGAUCGACAUGAUUCCUCGGAACGGCUCGACAUGCAAGGCGAAUCUAAAAGAAAAAAACAAAACAAAAAGCCACGUGGAUCACCCGCCGACGAACGAAGGCAAUCAGCUGAGUUUGCAGAAGAAACACGUGACGAUACAAGAUCUGUCUCAGAAGGUGAAGAUGGCAGAUUAUCACCACGACCUGAAUUCCCACCGCUUGGAUCUGAACUAUCUGAAUCUAAAAAACAAACUAGUAGGGAUAGUGGUUUUGUCGGCAGCUGCGACGAUUUGUUAAGGAAUGGGGAUUCUAGCUCCGAUUUUACACGAUCUCAUGAACCUAAAAUAGAAUUAGAAGAAAUAAUUGAAGAAAUCCGACCUGAUAUUGAAGAACGUGUGGAAGUACCACCGUCAUCCCGCCCGCCUCAAAGCCCGCUAGUACGUAAAGAUAGCUUUAACAAUUGGUCGUCUGAUGAGGAAACAAAUCUAAUGAUGACAAAAAUGCGACAAUUUUUCAAACAAAUGAUACACACAACCAAUGUCCGAACAUCUACACCGGCGUCAUCGAAUUCCGAAAGUUCUCGCCCUCCGAAACCACCUCAACUAUUGUAUUUUGAAAGUGAACUAACAAGAUUAAUGAAAACAGUUCCGGGUAUUAGAGACGAAGAAGUGCGUGAAAUUGUAGAGUAUUUGUCUAGUGAGGAUACAUGGAGUGAUUCAUACGACUCUUCAGAUUAUGCUGGCUCUGAUUUAGAGGGCAACACAGCUGGUACUCGGUCGGCGUUGCGAAAACAAAUAUCUGACAGUUGUCGCGAGAUCAUUGAUGAAUUCGACCGAGGAAAUAACGACGCAGGAUCACUAGAGCGGGAUGCUGUUGGAGCGUACAGGAGGUUAGCAGCGACGCUGGGUCGCGCUGGAGAAGGUUCACCACCGUUAUUUGGCAAAGUAAUGCGGCAUAUAGGUGGCAGGCUAGUGGCAUUAAUGCAUGAAGUGUCGGGCGGUGCAUCACCUAGCACCGAUGAUGAUAGUGCGUCUGAGCCGGGAGCAUUAGCACGGAGUCGAUCUCAUGACAUACUGGAGGCGACGGCGAGUAGGGGCAGUGUCGCGAGUGAUUGUGAGAGGUUUUCGUGGCGUGGUAGUUUUGAAUCAGCACUGCUAGCAGCUGAUUCUCGGGGCACGUUAGGCGGUGGUGGUGAGUCGAGGAGGUCGCCUGCAGGAGCCGAUCUUGCAGCACAGAAAUCACAUUCGCGGAGUUGUGGAGCGAUCGGAGGCAGCGAGGAUAGAUUGUGGCGAGGAAGACGUCGCGCCUCCGCACCAGAUGCUGAGUCGGAGGAAGAACAACGGGCCGGAUCUCUGCCUCGGUUACCGUCAAUCACGGCUACAAACCCAGUACCGGCUGGUCCGGUGAAAUCAGCCCGGUACCGGGCUCCUGGAUUCCGUACGGCUACUCGAGCGGCCUCAGCACCAGGAUUACAUGCGCCAAGGAGACGACGACCACCUCCUACGCCUUUGCAACCUCCACCAUCAGCGCCGGCGUCAGCACCUAGCCUGCAGGAUGAGGUGUACAUGUCCGACUCAGUGUCGCCCAACCAUGCAACGUUGCCAAGGCGUUCUAAUUCACCACACCACGAUAGAGAUAUGCUCGACAGGGAUCGGUACUCGCUCAACAGAAGCGGACUACAGGUUCGUUCCGAAUCUAUGGCAUCGGUUUACUCUGGUGCUGGUGAGGGCACUCGAGCCAACGUGACCAUCAGAGGAGAGGUUCAGAUCUCGUUGCUGUACAACUAUAGGCUGGGAGCUCUGGAGGUGGGCGUCAAGAGGUGCCGUGACCUGGCUCCCGUUGACGUGAAGCGCAACAGAUCCGAUCCUUACGUUAAGGUGUACUUGUUACCGGACAAGUCCAAAGCUGGCAAGAGGAAGACGAAGGUGAAGAAAAACACCUUAAACCCUGUGUUCGAGGAGACACUCAGCUUCGUGCAGCCGCUGGCCUCGCUGUCCGCGCGGACACUGUGGCUCAGCGUGUGGCACGCCGACAUGUUCGGGAGGAACGACUUCCUCGGGGAGGUCACGCUGCCGCUGGCCGAUGUCGUCUUUGACGACCCCGCGCCCAUGUGGUAUAAGUUGCAUGAGAGGACGGAACAAUUUGACGAGCAGCAAGGCAGUCGCGGCGACCUGAUCAUAGGUCUGAAGCUGGAGCUGGCGGAGGGCGCGCGCGGUAAGGGCACGCUGCAUGUACUCGUCAAGGAAGCUAAGAACCUCGUCGCCACCAAACCUAAUGGACUCGCUGAUGUAUUCUGCAAGAGCUACUUACUACCGGAACGGGGUCGUCUAGCCAAGCAAAAGACGGCUGUAUGUCGCCGUACAUUAAGCCCAGUAUGGGAACAUACGUUCACAUAUCGAGGAAUAGCACCGCAUGAGCUCGCCCAGCGCGCGCUUGAACUAUCUCUCUGGGACCGCGACCGACUCGCCUCCAACGACUUCAUGGGCGGCGUCAGACUCUCACUUGGAUCUGGAACCUACAUGGGUGCCAACGUCAACUGGAUGGACAGUACCGGCAAGGAGGUGACCCUGUGGCAGACCAUGAUGCAGCGACCCAACUUCUGGGUCGAAGGCUCACUACAACUCAGACCUAACCUUAGCAACUGAACUUAAUACGUUACUGGGCAGUUCUAUAGAAAAACAACAACUAUUAGACAGCGCUACUUACAAGAUACUAAAUAAAUAUCAUAUCGUGCCAAUUUUGUAUAAGCAUUUCUUACUUGCAAUAAGAAAUCGAUUUUAAUGUCAGAGGUCUCAACCGUAAGUAGCGCCAUCUAUGAUUUUAUUACGGUAACUCUAAUAUCUAUCUUGGUGUUUGUUUUUUUUAUACUUUUUCUAUUUUUUAUUUUAUUACAGUGAUAUUAUUUUUCAUUUAAAUCAAAUAUGUGUAUUAUCAUAUUGAGGUGACGGUAUUGAAUAGAUUAUUUUAUAGAAUUGCCCACCUGAUUAGUUUUGUUGUGCAUCCCUAACUUUAAUUCGUAGGAAAUUAAAAUGAAUACAUAAUUACGUAUCUAUGAUCACAUGACAUCGAAAUCUAAACAAAGUAUUGUAAAUGAAACUGCGUUGAGUGUAUUCAAUUUUAUUAUAUUCAUUAUUUUAUAUUGUAAAACAUUUUUCUUAAACAUUGAUACUCUACUACUUACACUGCUAAACCCAAUCCUGUUUCUGUGGUUAUAAGUGCCAAUAACUCAAUCUAUAUGUACCUAUUUUAUACUUAAUUAUGUCCUAAGUACUACACAUCAAAAUAUUUACUCGUUCGAUAUUUAGAUGCC